UUUUAACCCACUUGGAUUUAGAGAGCAAAGAAGCUAAUUUUUUUGAUAUUUUUAACCUUUUUGCGGAUCCGGAUCCAGGAGGCCAAAAUGUUGCGGAUCCUACGCACUGCCCGACAUUAUCUGAAGCCAACAUUUACAUAAUUAUCUUCCCAUUUUUUAAACAUCAUCAUGAGAAAUUGAAUCAAUCUUCUUUUCAGAACAUAUGGUAUCACGUGAAUAUGAAGCGUGUUUUUGUUAAGCUUUUAACUUAACAAUUGAAGGAGACUUUGAAUUAUAACGUUUUAAAUGGAUUUACAACAUGUUUCUUAGGUGAACGUGUUGACCCUGGAGCUGCCAGGUUCGGAAACUUUAUUAACUAUUACGAGUUCAACCCUGCGGAGGAGCGAGUAUCCCGUCUUCCUGGAAACCUGCUCCGGGAUCUAGAUCUAGCAGAGGAAUCAGUUCUAGGCCUAGACAUAGGUUGCAACGCAGGGGAGUGUUGACUAUUUGUCCACGUGAUACAAACUACACUGUACACAACAUGAACGAAAAGAUCAUAAAAGACUUGCUAUCCGCUGCUCAGGAAGGAAACUUAAAAACAUUCUCAAAUCUUCUCUACCAAUUCAACCUCAAUCAAGAUCUGGGAGACUUCGGAAAAAUUGCUCAUAAAAAGUCAGGAGAUGCCAUUUUGCAUAUUUUGGCGCGAAACGGCCAUAUCAGCUGUUUGCGCUUCUUGGUUCAAGAGUUUGUCGGAAAGAAGUUUGUGGAUUUAGAAAUAAGGAACCUAGAUGGUAAGACCCCUCUCCAUGAAGCUUGUCAGCAAGGAGAGGAAGAGUUUGUCCAAGAACUCCUUAGUCUAGGAGUACAGGUUGACCAGCUGAAGCGAGCUGAUUGGACACCAGCUAUGCUGGCGGUCACGCAUCCUGGUCGCCUAGGGAUACUCAAGCUUCUGGUCAAACAGGCAGCAAAUCUUAAUAUUCAAAACAAAGAUGGUUGGACCAGUUUCCAUGUUGCUGCUCGAACAGGAGAUCUUGAAGUACUGUUAUUUAUCCUUGAACAGGAGCCAACUGCUUGGAGUAUUGUUAGUAAAAAUGGCAGAACUCCUCUUCACACUGCUGCUCUUCAUGCGUCUUAUCAAACCGUUGAUUUCCUUCUUUCCGUAGGAUGCAGUUGUAACAGUAUGGAUUCAUGUGGCACCACACCUUUGAUGGACGCUGUUCGAGCUAAUUCUGUUGAAUCUACUCAACUUAUUCUACGGAGAAAGGAUUUGAACAGGAGUUUACGUGAUAGUGUUGGUAGGUCUCCUGUUCAUGUUGCUGCUCAGGCAGGUGCUGUUCAAUGCCUCAAACUCCUGCUUGAG